AUGGAAGGUGAGAGUGAAGACCAAUUCUUAUCAGUUUCCCCACCAGAAUUUAUCUUAGUGAAAGCAACCAAAGAGCUAACUAAAAGGCAAGUUGUGGCAAGUUUCAUUUCAGUUAGAGACUUGGGACCAGUUCAACAGCUCCAUCAAUUGAACCAUGACGCUUCAAUGAAGAAAGAUAAAGUUAAAGUAGUUAACAUGGCCUGCUCCUCCCUUCUUGCCUGCAUUCAGUUCAGCUUACUUGAUAUUGACUUGCUGCUGAAACAUCCUUCCCUCCAUGCUGUGGAUGAUGAUUUGUGUAACCUACUCAAAUUUAGGUUGAGGAAUCUCAAAAUUUUUGCUGUUCUUUCUGAGGGAGUUUUGGGUGAGGAUGCAAGUCUAGCUUCUUUUUUGGGGAGGGUUGAAGAUACUAUUUGCAGAAAUGCAGAGAAAUUUCACCCUCUUUGUCUUCAUCUGGCUGGUAGUGAUGCUGGAAUGGCCAUUGAUAUGGCCUAUGAGUUCUGCAGUCAACUUCAGUCUUUGAUGGAAGAACCAAAAGAAUGGUUAGUGGCUCUUUCAGACCCUGCAAGGCAGCAAUCAACUUCUCUUACAACAAAUGAAUUAUUCAAAAUCAUUAGCUGCAUGUUACAGAAUAUAGAGGACUUUAUCGCUCUCUUGGGAAACUACGAUUCCGAAAACGUUUCAGGAUUUGAAAUUUCAAUGAAAAUUGUUGAGGAGCAGAUGACGUUAUUGAAUGCUCACGUCUGCUUUGCCCACCAAAGGAGUGUUGUAGCCAUGCAAGACUUGUUGGUUCACACUGAAGCCAUUGUUUUCAAUGCUGCAUUUCUUCUUUAUCUGUAUGAAGAUUUUUAUGGGUCUACUGCGCAAACUAAGGAAAGAUUGGAGGUUGAGAUUUCAACAAUCGCCGAAAAAAUGAAGAAUCGUCAACAUCAAUUUUAUGAGAUUUACAGUCAAGCCCUGAGCAGCUCAAAGUUUCCUGGACGAUCACUUGCUAUUACUCUGCAAGACAUUGAUGAUGAUGACGCCUUCACUGCAAUCAAGAAAGCCCUUAACUGUAUCAUACCAAGUCUUUGGGAUAUUCUACGGAUGAAUUCUGGUCGGUUGGUUUUCAUGAAAGAUCAACCACAACAGCUAUUUGAAGCUCUUAGAUCCUUGAGAAAAACCAUUCUCAAGACACAGUGGCGCAGCAACAUUAAGAAAGACAUUGGAGCUGCAAUAUGUGAUGCUGGCGUCUUGGUUUCCUUACUGCACAAGACAAAUGUAGACCUUGGGCUUCUUCAGGAUUUAUUGGAAACCAUCAAAAGUUUACUGGCAGAAGUUGGAGAUGAAGAACCACAACUACCACAACUAAACCUCCCAGUGACGAAUCAAUUGGGUUUCUUUGAUUUUGUUCUAGAAAAGCUGAUGGAGAUCACAAGUCAUGAAGGUGAACCAACUGCCAACAGCGAGCCUGUGCAAAUUAUUCAAAAAGAACUUGUCUCCUUAAGAGCUUUCUUGGGGAAGAUUGUGAAGCUGCGAUAUCAACAAGUAGAACUUCAAGUUCUCUGGGAUCGUGUUAUGGAGAUGGCUUGUAGGGUUGAGGAACUCGUUGACCUCUUAGUGGUUGGUGAUGUUCCUGAUUCUUUUUGGUCAUCAUUUGAUUCCAUCAUGAAAGACUUGAGAAACAUUAAGCCUGAAAUGGAAGUCAAGAGACAAGAUAUCAAAGUAACUGAAGUAACCUGGAGCUACAGACAUGUGCAAGCACAAACAAGCUCUUCGAUCGGAACCAAUGAGAUAGUAGGUUUUGCAGAUGAAGCAAAAUCAAUCAUAGAUCAAUUGACAAGAGGAACCAAGCUAUUGCGGAUGAUGGCCAUUGUGGGCAUGCCAGGCUUGGGGAAGACCACUUUGGCUGCAAAAAUUUACAAUGAUCCCUCUAUUGUGCACCAUUUUCAAGUGCGUGCAUGGUCCACUAUCUCACAAGUAAUUAACAAAGAGAAAGUGUUAUGUGAGCUCUUAAAUCAGAUAGGCACUUCAGAUGUGACUUCUGAGAUGGGUGAACAUGAUAUCAUUGAAAAGUUGUGGCGCAGCUUAAAGGGAAAGAGAUAUUUGAUUGUUUUGGAUGACAUAUGGGACAUUGAAGCGUGGAACAGCCUGAGAGAAUCUUUUCCUGAAGACCAUAACCAAAGCAGAAUACUUUUGACAAGUCGCCGUGGUGAUGUUUCUCCUAAUGAGAUGUUAGUUGACCAAAAACCUCAUUUCCUUCGACAGCUGAAUAUGGAAGAAAGUCUGAAGUUAUUACAUAUGAAGUUCCCUGGAGUUGCUGGUUGGCAUCUUGCAUUGCAUGAACAUGGGAUGCAAAUUGCUGAAAUUUGUAAUGGAUUACCACUUACAAUCAUAAUAAUUGCUGGGCUUCUAGUAACUAUAAUGCCAGAGGGUUGGAAAGAAAUUUUGAAUGAUCUACGCUUGGGCCAUUUGUCUGUUACAGAUCACUGUCUAGAAACAUUGGAGCGCAGCUAUGAACACUUACCAGAAGAUUUAAGGCCAUGCCUUCUGUAUUUAGGUACAUUUCCAGAAGAUGAAGUGGUUUCAGCCAGGAUGUUGCUUCAUCUAUGGGUAGCGGAAGGAUUCAUUCGGAAAGCUGAGGGGAAGCGAGCAGAAGAUGUCGCUGAAGAUUACCUUAUGGAUUUAAUUGGUAGAAGCUUGAUCAUGGUCGACAAAAAAAGAUGGGACAAUGGAGUCAAAACAUGCCGCAUCCAUGACUUGAUUUAUGAUUUUUGUUUAAAGAAAGCCAAAGAUGAACACUUUUUCCACCUUCUAAAAGGAUAUGAUGAGCUUUCAACAUUUAAUGAGCCAUGCAAACUGCGGAGGUUAAGCAUUCACUCCAAGGAAGAGCAUUUCGCUCAGUCAAAACUGUUUUGUCCAUGGGCGCGCUCUCUGCUUUACCACUCCUCUGAUGAACCUAACCCACUACACCGGGUGCGAAGUAUCUCAUUUGUGAUUGACAUCUUCAAACGUCUAAGAGUUUUGGAUUUGGGGCAAAUCCAUCUGCAAACUGAGUUGCCAAGUGAAAUAGAACUGCUUGUUCAAUUGGCAUUUCUGGCAAUUCAUGGUGACUUUGAGCAAAUCCCGCCAUCGAUAGGUAAGCUCUCUUACUUGGAAACUUUUAUUGUGAUAACUUUUAAAAAACCUCUACUGCCAGCCAGUCUUUGGAAUCUACGGAAAUUGAAGAAUCUUUACAUAGGUCGUUUGAGUGAUGGUGGUGGUAUUUUGCCUAUAGAGAGUCUUGACAGCUUACCUGUUCUAUAUGAGUUGGAUAGAUUCUCUAUGGUGUUAAUUCCUCACUGGGGCAUCAUGGAAAGGCUGGCAAGAAAGUUUCCCAACAUCCGCAGGUUGGGAUGCACAUAUAUGGGGCAUCAGAAUCCAGAGAAUCCCGGCACAUUUGUAGUCCCUGAGUUUUUGAGUCAAUUAGAAUCCCUUUCUAUUGGAGGAUUUUUACCUGAGCUUACACCUGAAUUUAGCUGCCCCAAAAGUCUGAAAAAGUUGACAUUGGAAUCAUGUGACUUGUCGUCAAGGAGUAUCUCAAUGAUUGGUACACUGCCAAAUCUUCAAGUCCUCAAAUUAGUAAGUGUAGACUUUGAAGGGAAUGCAUGGGAAAUGGAGGAAGGAGAAUUCUCAAAACUCAGAAUCUUGAAACUGGAUUCCUUUAACCUUGUCAAGUGGAGUGCUUCUGAUGACCAGUUCAAAUGUCUUGAGACGUUGAAGAUUCGUUAUUGUUGUUCUUUGGAAGAGAUCCCUUCUUGUUUAGAGUCCAUAGCGACACUUGAAACUAUUAAGGUCCAUCAUUGUUCUGAGAAUGUAGAGAAUAUGGUGAGACAAAUCCAGGAAAAACAGGUGGAAGAUUGCGGAAAUUCAGAUCUCAAAGUCAUUAUCAAAUGA